UCCGCCUGUCACGUCAGCAGUGUUUUGCGUCAAGCUGUCAAGUUGCCGAGCAAACUCACUGUAACUCAAUGGAAGAGCAUUUGUGUGCAUUUUAAAGAAUAAUUGGAGUUUCAUUUCACUUAAACAACAUGAGGCACGCUUGUCUGCUAAUUUUGGCAGUGUAUGUAGCCUUUGUAGAUGCCACCGAAUUAACGUUUGAACUGCCCGAUAACGAGAAACAAUGUUUUUACGAGGACCUGGACCAGGGAGCCAAGUUUGAAAUGGACUUUCAGGUCAUUGCUGGGGGGAACUAUGAUGUUGACUGUUUUGUGACAGAUCCAAUGAAUAAUGUCCUGUAUCAGGAACGAAAGAAGCAAUAUGACAGCUUUUCCCAUACAACAACCACGAAGGGGGUGUACAAGGUUUGUUUCAGCAAUGAGUUCUCAACCUUCUCUCACAAAACGGUUUACCUGGACUUCAGAACUGGAGAGGAGAUCCCAUUACUGCCUGACAUGAACAGGGCAACAGCUCUCACACAGAUGGAGUCGGCCUGCAUGUCCAUCCACGAGAUCCUAAAAGUGGUUGCAGACUCUCAGACUCGCUAUCGUCUUCGGGAGGCUCAAGACCGAAUCAGGGCAGAAGACCUGAAUGAACGUAUUUCCUAUUGGUCCAUUGGAGAGGCCAUCAUCCUAUUUGUUGUCAGUAUUGGCCAGGUGCUUAUGCUUAAGAGUUUCUUCAAUGAGAAGAAAACCUAUGUUGCCACCAGCACAUAGACAUUGUUCUCUUGUCUGCUUAUUCUACUCAUUGAGGUAAUCUGCUGAUUUAUCAGUCUGAUCCCUUUAAAACAAGCAGUCUUGACUGAUGCCUGCAACAAACCAAAAAUUACCUCCAUUUCAAAGAAUGCCUUAACUUCAGAGUAAUGUACUAAAUGCUGUGCAAAGGUCAAGAUCUAGUGUAGCAAAUUCAAAUUGGUCUCUGUGUGAGCUGCUCUAAAUACUACUGCAGAAUCAGAAGGAACUGCUGGACUUUAUUCAGCCACAUCUUUUUUGUUGGUUUGUACUACUGAAUUAAUUAUUAUAAAGUGUUCAGUGUUGUUGUUGUUUUUGUGGGGGGAAAAAAUCUGCUUUGUUCCCUAUAAAUAUUUCCUCGUGUCAACUUUUUAAAUGCCUAUAUCUUAUAAAUACACCUGUAUAUAUAAAACGAAUAAUUUUAUUUUGGUAGUUAUAACAAUAUGACAGUGAAUAUAUUUCUGCAAAGCCCCUCUUUGAAUAUUCCUAACCACAUUCAAAAGGAAAAAUCCAUGGGAUUAUAUUUAACUAUGUGGCCAAAUAUAAAUUGCUUUCUGAAAUUCAUAACUAACUAACUUAGUUGCAAAUGUUUUUUUUUUUUAACUGUAAGUGCCAACUGGAUACACACCAUUACAGAUUUUUCCCAGCUUAAAGUUAUAAUGUA